AUGCCUGAGAUGGAAGAUUUCUUCAUACAAUUUGAGAAGGAGCAGUGGAAGAGCCGUCUUCCUCCCACAGAACAGCAACUUCGUGAUUUAAGGUUAAAUGGUUGGAAACAUGGCCGUGGCACGGAAUCGGGGCCAAAUUUUUUUGAAUGGUUCAAAAGAAAAUGCCAAAAAUCAGCUAGCAUUCAUAAUGUGCUGUGCCAAAUGUCUUAUGGUUUCCGCACUCAAGUUACCUCAUAUGGGUGUUAUGAUAUCAAUGGAUAUAGAUUUCGCUCUGAGAAAUAUGAGAAAGGAAGACCAGGGCUAACAACCAUUAAUACUAGUGUUUGUGUUACUUCAUAUGAUGAAUCUGAUAAUGAUCUUGAGUAUUAUGGUGUCACAGAAGAUAUCAUAAAGAUAAAAUGGGAGGGUAGUAUUAAACUAGAGUUGGUUUUGUUUUAUUGCCGCUGGUUUGAUCCAACACCUAAUGGAUUGAGGCGCACAGAAGACCUAGGGUUGGUAGAGAUCAAGCAUGUAGCAAGAUUAAAAAGUUUUGACCCAUUUAUGAUGGUUAGUCAAGUUACUCAAGUUUACUAUAUGUCGUACCCAUGCAAGAAGAAGGAGUUGUUACCAUGGUGGGUUGUGUAUCAGGUUGCUCCACAUGGAUGUGUACCCCGAAAUACCGAUAAUACUGAGCCAAUGAGUUCUGAAGAGACAAUACAUGAUGUCUAUCAAGAGGAAGGAUUGGAUGGUACCUUUGUUAUUGAUUUGGGGGAUGCAUUGGACACCAUAAUCUCAUUGGGCUCUGAUGAGAUAACUGACCCAAAAGACUUGGAAACAAACGAGAAGGCUGCUGUUCAAGAUGAAGGAUAUGAUGAAGAAGAAAUUGAGGAAGAGUAUGAAAGCACAGAAGAAGAGGAGGAACUAAUGGAUGAAGAGGCUGAGGAGACUUAUGAUCCAAAUGAUUUCUGA